AUGUCAUCUUCAAUGCUAAGCAGCCGGCCUCGCACCGAGCGCCGGUCGUCGAGAGUGCCUGGUGGGUUCGAUCCAGAAGAGGAGGACGACGUGGCAUCCGUUGAAAGCGACCGCGAUGAUUCGCCUAUCCGUGAUCAUGAACCCUCCUCCUUUUUGGCUGGUCCCCGGGACCCCAGUAGCCUCCUGCAGCCAGUGGACGAAAACACCAAUCUCGAGUUGCCUGCGAAUAUGACAUUGGACGAAAGUGAGAUGAACAAGAAGUUAUUGGAUGUUGAAUCGAGCUUCCUGCCCGAACACUCAGACUCAGUGGAAAAGAGCUCGACAGCCACUGGCGCAGAUGAUACGCACUUGUUCGGCGUCGUCAAUGACAAUGUCGCCGUGCGGAAGAAGCCACAUCCUAUCCAGACUUCCUACCAGUCCGACGACACAGAAAACCACGUAGCGGGAAAACUCCCCGCGUCACCGCGCACACCACCUGGCGCUUACAAGACUCCCGCACCAGAACGACAUGCGUUCCGUGACACAGUCGAAAGCGACGGGUCCACGCGUCAACUACCGAGCACAUCCGUCCUCGAAAGCAUGUCCUCCUCCCCCACGGCCGCUGCCGCUGCCCGAACACUUUCACGAGUGCAAUCCCUGGCUACCAUGGGCGGAUACGAGACGGCCAAUGAAACAGAAGAUCAGAUUAGAACCGAGAGGAGGUCUCGGAGUGCCCAGGAUGAUGAAGCAACCCCACGAAAGAACGAGAGUCGAUAUUUGGGCUUGCCGCACAGCGCUGACGGACAGCAAGAAGGCACAGAAAGCACAUCUAAACAAGGGACAAGGCGACCAGGAUACCUACACAAGAGAUCUUCCCAGGCGCGCCUAUCCUACGAUUCCAUGGCCAGCUCUAAUACAGACGCCAGCGAUGUCACCGUAGGGGCGGACUUUGCGCUGCAAUCGGGAGGCGCCCUGCCCGAUUCGAGCGCGCAGCGAAAAGCCAGGGCCACAAUCUCCAGACAAGCUAGCUUAGGAAGCAUGAUGUCUGGGAUAUCAGGAAUUAGCGACGAUGAACCUCGCUCGCAGAGACAGGCUGGCGCAACUGACUUAACGACGUUGGAGGAAGAGAGCCCCAACUCUAACAAGGCAGGCGGAUAUUCUACCCCUCGGGCAUCGGUCUUCAACUUCAACAUGCCUACCGAUGCAGUAAUCUCUAAUAACGUGCGAGAUCUAGAAGUACCAGGAACUUUUGCUCGUCAGUAUCGCCAAGAGCGCAGCAUGUCACCGGAAAAGAGCAACACUAUCAUCGGCAUGACCCCAGGGCCCAAGCGAGGCCUGACGUUGAAAGAGCACAGAAGCACUGUGGAAAAGCUGGGCAAAGAGAACUUCGACUUGAAAAUGAAGAUCCAUUUCUUGGACCAAGCGCUACAGAAAAGAUCCGAGGAUGGCAUCAAGGAGAUGAUCACGGAAAAUGUACAACUAAAGUCCGAUCGUUUGAGAUUGGAAAAGGAUAAUCAUAAUUUACGAAAGCAAGUUCGAGAUCUGCAAAAGAAGCUCGAGGAGACCGGUGCCCGCGACUCGCCGAACGCUGAUCAAGGAUAUGCCACCGACGAGGAAAGGAGUCCGACGGCCGAGGAAGAAGUCAUCUAUCUCCGAGAAAGAGUCGAAAUUACUGAGAUAGAGAUAGACAAACUCCGCCAAGAGAACCUCGCAAAAGAAACGGAGAAGCGAAAGCUCGCCGAAAUGGUCAAAUCCUUGGGCGAUACUCGAGCUACUGCUUCCGAUGUCGGCUCGAGGGAAGAGCGUGAUAUGUGGAAGGAUAUGCUUGAAGCAGAGACCAUUGCGCGUGAGCAGUCUGAAGAAGAGAACAAGCGACUUCGGGAAGAGGUCGCAAAACUCAGGAGUGAAACAUUCGUGUCCGGAAAGUCCAACUCGCGCAAGAUCAAGAUUGGAGGCUCGGUUGUUUCGAGAUCUAGUAGUGUCGAAGCAGCAAAUGCCAAAGACGCGGAGAUUGAGAGAUUGAGACAUGAGGUUUCGGAGCUACAGAAAAUGAUUGGCGCUCAGGCAUCUACUCUGACGUCUCGGAAUAAAGAAAAGGAGCGCUUGUACCAGGAAAUUGAAGAUUUGAAACUUGGACGGAUGGGCGGUCUUCGAUCGGUGGCCGGCGACAGUAUUCUCGAUCGGUCGGCGUCCAGAGCAAGGUCCCAUUCCCGCACAAGCAAUGGAACGAGGUUAUCCCGGAUGAGCGACCAAGAGCGCGAGUCCCUCGAGACUAGGAUCAACGAGCUCCGCGACGAGGUGUCACAAUUAAAACUCGAAAACCAGAACCUCCAGAACCAGUUUGACGAAGCACUUGCAGAGCUCGACGCUGUGGAUGCUCAGGCGCAAGCAGACGCUGAUCAGUUUAAUGAAGAGCUUCACUUACUGACCCAGGAGCGCGACAAUGCCUUGCGUGACGCAGAGGAGCAAGAUCAAGCCUUCCAACAGUUGAAGAGUGAGGCCCAGGAGGAAAUCGAUGGUCUUGGAGAUGAGCUUGAUGCCAAGCUUGAGGAAUGUGCCAAGCUUGAUGGAGAACUCAAAGCCCAGGUCGAGAAUGUCAAGGCGUUGCAGGCGGAGAUGCGGUCUGCCGCGGAAGGCCUUGUCCGUCUUGAAGAGGAUGCGCAGCAAAAUCUAGCACGGUACCAGUCUGUCAAGGCCGAACUCGAGGACGCGAAUCGCGAGCUUGAGAAUCUCGAAAAGACUCUUUCCGAGGCAGAAAGCAAAGUGCAAAGAUUGACGGUGCAACAGGAGAGCAGUCACAAUGAGAUUGCCUUCCUCCGUGAAGAGCAAGAUGCUGACAAGAUCAAGAUUGGCGAUCUGGAGUCCCUGCUCAAGAAAGUACACCUUAACCUGGAAUCAGAAAGAGAUAAGAGCAGGGAACUCGAACGGCGGAUCAACGAGGAAAGGGCACAAAGAGACGCGGUUGCCAGUCAAGAAAAGCAGGAAGUUCAGCGGGUCAUCAACGAUCUCAAUCGGGAAGCUUCCGGUGCGAAGGACGAACUUCGGAAAGUCCGCAAAGCACUAUCAGCUCGAGACAUUGAAGCCAAAUCGUACCAGGAGCGGUUGUCUGAAUUGGAGGAGAGCCUGCGAAACAUCAUUGGGGACCCGAACAGCUCUCGGUCGAGCUUGAUUAGUGCGGUCACCAAGAUGCGGCGAGAGCUGGAUCAGACAACUAUUGACCUUGAAGCUGUUAGAAGAAGACUUGAGCAGACAGAGAAUCUGCUUGCUGAUCGUGAUGCGUUGUUGGAGUCGACGAGCCAUGAAUGCAGAAAGUUGGCUGACGCCUACGAGCGGGAGAAGGCAGGCAGGCGACAGGACAAGUUGGACUUUGAGAAGACCAACAAGGGUCAUAACUCGACCACUAGGGCACUCACGUCCGCGUCUACUAGGAUUGCCGAACUCGAAGGACUUCGUCAGACCGACAGGAAGCGGAUGGCACAGAUGGAAACUCAACUCAAAGAACAGCUAUCUGAGAGGAACCAGGUGUUGCUCAAUCUGUGGAAGAGGCUCUCUGCUAUGUGCGGACCAGACUGGGCUCACAACAACAGCUUGAUCAAUGGCAACCUUCCUUCUCAAGAAGUGAUUGGGAAUAUGCUCUUCUGGCCUGGGUUUAGCCGGAAUCUGCUCUUGGCUGCAAAGCAGGUUGAAGGGACUCUUUCCACUUUCAAAGACAAGAUCAAACGCGUGGAACGCGAGCUAUACAAGGAGUACCAGGCACUGGAACAGACUCUAGAAGUACGGACCCGGAAGCUUGAACGUAUCGAAGAAAGCUGGGAGCAGAUGAAAAUCAAGAUGUCGGAAAUGGAAAGUCGCAUGGAUACGGGAGCUCGAACGCCGAAAUCCAGCAGAACUCCCGAAAUCAGCAAGUUGAAGGGUGAGAACCGGUUACUCAAGGCCGAGCUCCAGCUUCUCCAACAGCAGCAAGCACACCACAAUCUGCACCACCGACGAGACAGGAACGAGAGCCGGGCAUCGGGAUAUUCAAGCAUCAUGUCAAAUGAGGGACCAGGCCAAGUUGACGGAGCUGUGAAUGGAGCCGUUGGCGUUCCCGCUCGUUCUUCGAGUAUGAGGCGCACUCGAACGAUGGAGCUGCAGAGACAUCAUUCCACAGGCAUCGCGGAACAUCUGGCAAGCAUGGGCGGCGACGUCACCUCGUUGCGCUCGAAUUCGAUCUCUAGUCGUCAUUCGGGGUAUACACAGGGAGGAGAACGAGACCGGGGUGGCCUGAUGAUCCCUGCGGGGCCCUUUAACGCUCCAGUUGACGGAAAGUUCUCCCUGCCGCCUCCCCCACGAGAAGCCCCUCCUGCACCACCAAGUACAGCGUCGGGCUCAGAUAUUGCCAGUAUUACAGCGGUAAGCGUAGGUGGUGGUCAAGGGCAAGAGAAGUGGAUCCAUCGCCUGAGAGAACUGGAGAGGAGGUUGAAAGCCGAGCGUGAGGCCAGGUUGCUUGACCGCAGUGGUGCGAGGAGAAGACUAGAGGAGAGAGAUGCGGUGAAUGAAGAGUUACGACGCGAACUGGAGAGAGAGAGGGUCAGGAAAGUCAGUGGUGAAGCCGGUUUUGACGCAGGUCCUGCGAUCUCGCCGCCUCCCCUGACACUACCGCCUCCGCCCCCUUCGGCCGACAUUGAGCAUAUGCAAGGAGCGACAGGGGCGGAUUUCGAUGUGCAAGGACAAGGGCACGGCAUUGGAGGAGCGAAGAGGCGCUAG